AUGGUCAAGAGAGAAAAGGUGUUGAGAGAACAAUUUGAAAAGAUUCUACUGGAUCCACUGUUUGAUAUUAAGCAGCGCGAAGAGACCAUAAGAAGAGUGAUCGUGAUUGAUGCUCUAGAUGAAUGCGAUUCAGAAGAUGAUAUAGGGAUUAUUCUCCGGCUCUUGCCACAAGUUCGAAAGUCAACUUCUGUGCAACUACGGUUUUUAUUGACAAGCAGACCUGAGUUGCCGAUCAGGCUGGGCUUCGAAGGGAUCACCGAUACCCACCAGGAUUUGGUCCUCCAUGAGAUCGAAGAGCCAGUGAUAGAGCACGACAUAUCCUUGUAUUUUGAGGAUCAGUUCUUACGCCUAAAACAGAGGCGCUCGUUUCCACUAGACUGGCCUGGAGCCGCAGCUACCAAGAUAUUGGUUGAUAGGGCCGUCCCUUUGUUCUUUGCACCCCGAACAGGGAUGAUCCUUGAGGAAGGAUGGAGCGCGCUCAUCCAGACCCUCGAAGGCCAUUCGGAUUCGGUUCAAUCUGUGGCCUUCGCGCCCGACGGCCGCCUGCUGGCGUCCGGCUCUGAUGAUUAUACAGUGCGGCUGUGGGACCCGGCGACGGGCGCGCUCACCCAGACCCUCGAAGGCCACUUAGGUUCGGUUCAGUCGGUGGCCUUCUCGCCUGACGGCCGCCUACUGGCGUCCGGCUCUGCUGAUAGUUCAGUGCGGCUCUGGGACCCGGUGACGGGCGCUCUCACCCAGACCCUCGAAGACCAUUUACGUUGGGUUCAAUCUGUGACCUUCUCGCCUAACGGCCGCCUGCUGGCGUCCGGCUCCGAUGAUUAUACAGUACGGCUCUGGGACCCGGCGACGGGCGCGCUCACCCAGAUAAUCGAAGGCCAUUCACAUUUGGUUCGAUCGGUGGCCUUCUCGCCUAACGGCCACCUACUGGCGUCCGGCUCUUAUGAUAAGACAGUGUGGCUGUGGGACCCGGCGACGGGCGCGCUCAUCCAGACCCUCGAAGUUGGAGAAGAAGUGUCUACGCUCGAAUUUUCCCAUAGUGGUUUAUAUCUCCACACCAACCUAGGCGCCCUUUACAUCCAAUCUAGGUGUGACAUUCAGGCGGCGUAUUACGUCGGAUGGAGGGAAGUUUGUAUCUCGCAAUCUCGCUUCUCGAUCUGGGGUUGA